AUGGCGCCGACAGCGCAGCCCCAUGAUGCUAGCAGGCGCUGGGAGGGCGAAUUGCAGAAGUUGCAAGCAGAAGUGUCUCAUUUCCAACAUGCAGGAUCCAAGCCGUCGCCUCAAAACCCACAGCGACGGAACCUGCGCCCCCUGUUGAAAGGCACCUCCAUCAACAACGCAGAUGCUGGUACAGGCAAGUUGCAGAGUCGCGGCUGGCCCGCACCCCUGCAAAAGGCGAAACUCUUUGCUGCGCAGCGCUGGCGGUGGCAACGAAUCCGACCUGGGGUGAAUGAGGAUUCGCUUUGCCGAAGCACUCGGAGGAUCCAAAGGGCUUGGAGAGAGCUUCUGCAGCACAGGCACUUGGAGCUGGCCAGGCAGCAGCUGCUGCAGCUGGGACCGCCGUCCAAGGUCAGGCUCUCGCCGAUUUCACGGCAAGAAGUGCAUGGGCUGCCACUCGGCGAGACGAAGUGCACGUCGCCAGACGAGGACCUCUGGGAUGAAGCCAUCUUCUCCCACUAUCCAUCAGUUGAUGACAUGCUCUCCGAGCGAGUCAAGGAGGAGGCACGCGGGGCUGUUGCAUGCAUGGAGCCGGUGAUGAGCAUCGUCCAGCGCCUACGCAAGUUGGAGCGACAUUUCCAACUCAGGACUCGAGGUUCUGCUCCCUGGCGUCCUCCAUGUGCCCUGGGGGACGUUGCACGUCAAAACAUAGAGGAGGUGGUCAGAGCAGUUCUUGACCUAUGCAGAGGAGAUGUCCGCACGCAGCACAUGUUGAUGCCAGCUUUGUGCUCACUCCGGCUCACGGUGGCAAGCAGCUACAUGCAUUGCUUGGAGUUGCAGAGGGCAUCUGCGGUGCUGUCAGAGCUGGAGGGGUCUUUGCAAAGUGCUGGAGAGUUUGGCGGCCUGGACAUGCUGAGCCAAAGGAUCGCCUCGAGAGCUACACUGCUGCGCAGCCGAGCAGCCUGGCUUUCGGGCGGUGCCGCCUCUGCAGAGGCAGCUGCCAGAGAUGCACUUCAGCUGCUCCAGGAGUCCCAGCAAUGCGUUUUCUGGCCCCCUCAUCCUUGGGAGCUAGCUGCAUGUCAUCGCAUUGCCGCCCUGUCCCUUUGCAGAGCCGGACUUGGGGCGACUUCUGGCCAACAUCCCUGGCUCUUUCUCGGAUCUCUUGCGAGAGGACAUACAAGUGCUUCAGCUUGA